GCAGAAAAAGCCAAGACACAAGCUGAAUACACAGAAGUAAACAAACAAGUGAAGAGGAGCAUCAGAACUGACAAACGUAAAUAUGUGUAAGAUUUAGCGAUGACGGCGGAAAAGGCUGUAAGAGAAGGAAACAUAAGAGAACUGUAUGACACGACAAAGAAACUCUCUGGAAAUCGCCGCAAACCAGAACGACCAGUGAAAAGCAAGGAAGGCGAGGUAAUCACCAACAUUGAAGAGCAACAAAACAGGUGGGUAGAACACUUCAAAGAACUCUUGGAUCGACCAGCUCCACUGAACCCACCCAACAUCGAAGCAGCACCCACGGACCUCCCAAUCAAUGUUGGCCCACCAAUUGAAGAAAUCAGCAUGGCCAUCAGACAAAUCAAGAGUGGCAAAGCAGCAGGACCGGACAACAUUCCAGCAGAGGUACUAAAAGCAGACGUAGCGGCAACUGCAAGGAUACUCCACAUUCUCUUCAAUAAGAUUUUGGAUGAGGAACAAGUACCAACAGACUGGGAAGAAGGACUUCUGAUCAAAAUACCGAAGAAAGGCGAUCUCAGCAAGUGUGAUAACUACAAGGGCAUCACUCUUCUCUCAAUACCGGGAAAAGUCUUCAACAGAGUAUUGUUUAACAGGAUGAAGGACUGCGUAGACGCCCAACUUCGUGACCAACAGGCAGGAUUCCGUAAGGAUAGAUCGUGUACAGACCAAAUCGCAACUCUACAGAUCAUUGUGGAACAAUCACUUGAAUGGAAUUCAUCACUCUACAUCAACUUCAUUGACUGCGAAGAAGCAUUUGAUAGCGUGGACCGAACAACACUAUGGAAACUUCUUCAACACUACGGCGUGCCCCAGAAGAUAGUCAAUAUCAUACGGAGUUCAUAUGAUGGAUUACACUGCAAAAUGGUGCAUGGAGGACAGUUGACAAAGUCGUUCGAAGUGAAGACCGGUGUUAGGCAAGGUUGCUUACUCCCACCCUUUCUCUUUCUCCUGGUGAUCGACUGGAUCAUGAAGACGUCAACGUCUGAAGGGAAGCACGGGAUACAGUGGACAUCUAGGAUGCAGUUGGACGAUCUAGACUUCGCAGAUGAUCUAGCCCUUCUAUCCCAAACGCAACAACAAAUGCAGGAGAAGACGAACAGUGUGGCAGCAGCCUUAGCAGCAGUAGGUCUCAAUAUACACAAAGGGAAAAGCAAGAUUCUCCGAAACAACACAGAAUGCACCAAUCCAAUCACAAUUGACGGAGAAGAUUUGGAAGAUGUAAAAACCUUUACAUAUUUAGGCAGCAUCAUUGAUGAACAGGGUGGAUCUGAUGCAGAUGUGAAGGCGCGGAUCGGCAAAGCAAGAGCAGCAUAUUUACAACUGAGGAACAUCUGGAACUCAAAGCAACUGUCAACCAACACCAAGGUCAGGAUUUUCAAUACAAAUGUCACAACAGUUCUACUCUGUGGAGCGGAAACCUGGAGAACUACGAAAGCCACCAUCCAGAAAAUACAGGUGUUUAUUAACAGUUGCGUACGCAAAAUACUUCAGAUCCGUUGGCCGGACACUAUUAGCAACAACGUACUGUGGGAGAGAACAAACCAGAUCCCAGCGGAGGAAGAAAUCAGGAAGAAUUGCUGGAAGUGGAUAGGACACACAUUGAGGAAAGCACCCAACUGCGUCACAAGACAAGCCCUCACAUGGAAUCCUGAAGGCCAAAGGAAAAGAGGAAGACCAAAGAACACAUUACGCCGAGAAAUGGAAAUAGACAUGAGAAAAAUGAACAAGAAUUGGAUGGAACUAGAAAAGAAGGCCCAGGACAGAGGGGGUUGGAGAAUGUUGGUCGGCGGCCUAUGCUCCAUUGGGAGUAACAGGCGUAAGUAAGUAAGUAAGUAAACCAAAACGUGGCAUCAGUGCUUGAAGUCACUAACUUCUAGUCUGAGUCAUGUUGGGAGAUGCAGACUACAUGGUUGGGGUCCGCGUGACUAUCGUAACCAAUGGUUGGAGACUCUUUGUGAUAUGGCUCAUAAUCGAUCACAAUGGCGUUGGUCUAUACACUCUCUGUCUUCGGUUAAACUGAGAAUAAAAUCGCUCCAUAUCUUUCUUUCUAUGAACUAAUUCUUUCUUCCUGUACUAUAUCCUUAUUGCAAUCGUCCUUUCAUAUUUUACCACCUCUGAAUUAACUACUUCUAUGAAUCCGGUGUCCAUCUUGUUGUGUUAAUGAGGUAUGGCAACCUGGACCGAUGCAUAUAUGUGCCUGGUCCUAUGUUGUAGCUGACUGACUGACUGUUCAUGCGAUUGAAUAAGCUUCACACUGGUAAACUAGACGCUGUUCAACGUCCGUUCAGUUUUUACAGCUUCAGCAACACGCAAACAUAAAUUAUAGAUUUAGGUAUCUGAAGAUUGAAUUCCAUCAAUUUGUUGGAAAUUCUCUCUCUGGUUUUUAUCUAUCUUCUAAAUAACUGAAUCACUAUAAAAUAGCACAUUAUUCUUAAAUCUAUAAACCGUUGAAAUAUUUUUGAAAGAGAUGAAAUCAGUUUACGGAAUAGAGAAGUACUUAGAAAUUUACAUGCAAAUGAAAAUUAAAUUAAUCCGAAAUGUAGUCGCUAUUGAGUUCGGUUACUUUAAACUCACCCGUUGACUAUUCGAAUGAGUAAACAAGGACUCAGAAACUGGAUUUUCAUUGAAACUCGUGUGUAUGCUGGAUGCGUUUGUAGUAUUCGUCGACACAGUUUCCGGCUCCUGCCAGAACAAACUCAUACUGGUCCCACAUUAAAUUGCUUAUCCCGUUUCAAAAAAGCAAUUAAGGAUCGAGUAUAGUUGGCCAGUGCAAUAGGGGAUUUUAUCAAUUCAGUAGGCAGAUCAAAACUAAUCACACACUAUGGGCACUUUAUAACACCAAACAGAUAAGAUUAGACCUUCCGUCAAGAGUUUACUCUGAUAACUACCUAUUUAAAGCACGAAGAGAAACUUUGGCUUGGAAAUCCUCGAUAUCAGUUGAAAAAUGGAGACAAAUGAAAUAUAACAGUCAUCGAUGUCGACGAUCAGUUGGUGUCACCCCUCCCGAAGCUCGUAUAUCAAUCAUAACUACUCUAACGUAAGCUUAUGCCUUACUUAAAGGUCUCUUCGGCGUUGACUCGAAAAAAGUCGUAUUCAGGAAGGAAUUAGUCAGGGACUUAGAGAAAAGUUCGCAUAGUAGUAAUGGAUGCCAAAAGCACAUUUGGAAUGGUCAAUAGAGAAUUCACAUGUAGACUAACUGUAUACUUAUCAUAAGAGUUUCGAAAAACCUCUAAAGCUUACAUAUAAAUUAUGAAGUUCACAAAACAGUCACAUUGUUUUUUGUGUGGAUUUUAAUAGAUCUACAUAUCUGACGGCUAGGGAGCCUUGAAUACCCUUCAAAUAGUAAUCUGUGCACCAUGCACUUCCCUAUGCAUUAAAAUACAAUUAGGUUUAGUUACUUCUACAUGUUGAAAGUAAUCAUUGUUGAGUAUCAUAUACAUUUAAAUUACUAUUAAAUGGGAAUAAAGUCAUUUUAAUUAAUUGAGAAAUCGUAAUAAGUGAAAUAAUUAUGUAUGCGUGAAACAAUGUAAACAAUUUAAUCUAAAAUUGGAUAUAC